AUGGAAGAGUUCUGGGACAAUCUUGUAAAAGCACUGGGCCAAGUGGAAAAAGCAAGUCAAACUAAAGAUAUAAAAGCCUGUGCUUUGCUGUUAAGACUACUGCCUUCGUUACGCCGAUCAGCAUCUAUUGAAUCUAUUGCUAAUGCUUGCAAAGCUUUUUAUGGCAGGGAUCCGGCAUGGGGGCAAUCUACUUCCUCAUCUCAACUACCUUUUUCAUCGCCUGAAGCAGAAGCUUUUCUCAAUAUUCUGUUUUGCAUGGUCUUAGUAAAACAAAAUCUUGUUAAUGAUAGCAAGCAGAUUGCUUUAGAGCAGAUCGAAAAGCACCAAACUCACACUGCGCAGCCAUUUGUCGCAAAGCUUUUCUAUUAUUUAGCUCUAUCAUGUGAAAUAAAGCAAGAUUUUGAUGAAAAACCAUUUCUGGAUUGGUAUAGACAAGCUUGCUUAAGGCAUGAUAAUUUUAUUCAGGCUACGCUGAUUAAUGUGAUUCUGCGCUUCUUUUUAUUGAAAAAUAAGGUCCAACAGGCGCAAGACUUCGCUGACAGAACAGGAUUUCCCGAUAAUGCCCCAUAUGCUGAAAUUGCAAGAAAUCAAUACUAUUUAGGAAGAAUAAAUGCCUUAAGACUGAACUACGCCGAGGCUUUAAAUCGAAUAAUUCAGGCUCAAAGAAAAGCUCCUGAAAACAGCGGGGCAGGGUUUAAGCUUGCAGUAGAAAAGCUAAAAGUUGUUGUUCAGCUACUGAUGGGAGAAAUCCCUGUCAGAAAAACAUUGGUAGGAUACAAAGGACUUGGAGCAUACGUUGACUUACUCCUCCAUUUCAAAAGUGGGCAAGAUAUUUUACUCUCACUCUUGAAGGAAUUACUUUUAGGAUAUUUAAAAAUCCCAAAAUCCAAAUAUUGUAAAAGAAAAAUCUAAUUUUUAAUUUAUAAAAUUUUUGUUUAAAUAUGCAAGUUGUCUAGAAUUAAUAGAUUAGAUCGAAAUCUGGUCAUAAAAAUUAUUAGUAAUCUAUAAAUAAUUUAUUUUACUCAUUCCCAAUGGAGAAAAAUAUGGACCACAAUAAGAGUCUUUCGACUGACCCUGAGACGCUUUUACUUAGGCUAAUUUUUAUCUUCAUGUGAGGCUUUUGCUCGGCUGACAAAGAGCUUUUCCUCAUGCCAAGCUCUACCGUCAGUCAACGGGCCUUGGACCCCUGGAAUACGAGGGCUAGAUGGACCGGUACCAAGGCUUGUGGGACAAAGACUGGACAGUAUAAGCUAUCAAGAGUCUGCGUGGCUCAAAGUCGGUAGAAAGGCAUAUCGUCUAAGGUGAGAUAGAAGUGAGUCCGCAGAUCACCGGACUUAAAUGAUAGAGAUGCAAGCUAAUUGGUGUAAUCGCAUUGAAUGCGGUGUUCUUGCGAAGACAACGGGCAUGAGAUGUAAGAUAAACCGCCUUAUCAUCGCUAACGAUGGGAAUAAAAGCCUUAAGGCCUAGCGCAGCGAGAUUAGAUGUGAAAUAAAAGGCCAUAGUAAACCUAAACCUAAAUUCAUAUCCAAGGGGUUGAAUUUCUCAAAAAAGUAUUUCUACAAUUUUAUUCGCUAUAAGAGAUAAUGAGUUAGUUAGAGCGGUUAGAUCUGGAGAACUAGAAAGGUAUAACCAAGUUAUCACAAGCUACCAAAACUCGUUUAAUGAAGAUAUGAACCUUUCACUCGUAGCAAGACUCAGACAUAUUGUGAUUAAAGCUGGACUGAAGAAGAUUAACAUUGCUUACUCCGUGAUCUCACUAAAAGACAUCGCUCAUAAACUAGGCCUGCCUUUAGCCGACACUGAAUUUAUUGUUGCAAAAGCAAUUAGAGAUGGAGUCAUUGAAGCAGCAGUUGACCAUGAACAUGCAGUUUUGAAAUCAAAAGUACUAGAAGAUGUCUACAGAACAAAUGAACCUCAGCACGCCUUCCAGAAAAGGAUUUCUUUUUGCAUGGAUCUAAGAAAUGAUGCAGUUAGAGCAAUGCAAUUCCCGCAGGAAAAGAAAGUUUCGGAGGAGUAUAAUGAAGAAGUGGAAAUUGAACUAAUAGAGGAAGACGAAGAUUUUUAA